AUGAGACGCGGGAAAAGCAGCCGGGGCGGGGAGACGGGCAGCGGUGCGCGUCACUUCCGGGACGCUACCCGGCCGGUCCCGCCUCUUCCUGUCCGUCGCUUCCGGCCGCCGCCGUCGUUUCUCCGGGCGACCUUGGCUCUGCUCCUCUGCCCCGCGUCCCGGCCUCUUUCCGGUCCCAGCCCGCGCCCCGACGCCGCCAUGUCCGCGCUGGCUCCGCGCCUGCUGAGCGACCUGACGCGCCCCGCCCGCAGCCUCGUGCGUGUCCCACGCGCGGCCCUGCACGCGCGGCCGGCCCGGGAGGAGCUGAGCACGCUGGAGAAGGCCGUUGGCCUGGCCGCCAGCUUCGUGUGCCUCCUCGUGCCCGGGGGCUGGAUCUUAUCCCACCUGGAGAACUACAAGAAGAAGGAGUGAAGGAGCGGCUCUCUGGACAUUCCCCCGUGACCUCAGGACCUGCCUGCACCCCGGACCACGAGCUCCCCACAUUCCGCCCCCAGCAGUCUUCUGAUGAGUUAAUCAUGACCACUCGAUUUUUCCCAGGCUUAGUGCUGUCCGCUCUGGCCUGGGCAGAUGGGACCUCCUCCGCAUGUUAAAAUAAAGUCACUCGAAACCUCUCUUCAAAGCCCA